CGUCCUCCCAUGCACUUGUCGUCUUCAUCUCCAACACCUUUCUUAAUAUCCUUCUCUCUCUCUCUCUCUCUCUCUCCCCCCCCCCUUGCUUCUGUUUCCUUCCCUAUUCUCCAUAAUAUUGUGAUCAAAACAAACAAAUUUCUUGAACAGUUUUUCCCUCAUUCCUUUAUAUAGAUAUUCAUCUUCCCCCUUUCUUACCAUCCAUUCUUACAACGCCCAUCUCGCUCUCUCGCUCUCUCUCUCUCUCUCUCUCUCUCUCUCUCUUAUAUUCUCUGACAAACUUGACUUAAUUUCCCACUUGCAUUAUAUUCACAUUCUCUUAAUAUAAACAUGUCUAGCAGAAGGUCACGCUCCAGGCAAUCUGGUGGUGUCUCAGGCAUUAGUGAUGAUCAAAUUGCUGAUCUUGUUCACAAAUUGCAGCAACUUAUUCCUGAGAUACGUGGCAGUAGGAGAAACUCUGACAAGUCAGCAAAUAGGGUUUUGCAGGAGACUUGCAAUUAUAUAAGGAGCUUGCAUAGGGAAGUGGAUGAUCUAAGCGACAGACUAGCCGAACUAUUGGCUUCAACUGACAGUGACAGUGCUCAAGCAGCCAUUAUUAGGAGUUUAUUUAUGUAAACAAAAUAAGAUAAAAGGAUUCAAAAAUAUUUAAUUAUUAUAUUAAGUAAUUAGCUGGAUAGGUUGGCCAACAUUAUUGUAUUUCUGUUUUUUUUUUUUUUUUUUUAAUUGCUUCCUCUCCCUUCAAUCUUGAAUUUGGUCUCUAGCUAAGCCAACAAGAGAGAACGAGUGAGAGAGAGCGUGUUUAACUAGCUCUCCUGGUAUUACUUAGUUGUUACAUUUAAUAACAAAUACUUUAGUACC